AUGGAGAGCUUCAUGGAGUCACUGAACAGGCUGAAGGACGUCCAUGAGAACGAGGUCCGGGGUCUGCAGAAUAAACUCCUGGAGCUGAACUCCGAGAGAUGCCGGGACGCCCAGAGGGUGGAAGAGCUCUGCACCAAGAACCAUCAGCUCAGGGAGCAGCAGAAGGCGCUGAAGGAGAACGUGCGGGUGCUGGAGAACAGGCUGCGAGCUGGCCUGUGCGACCGCUGCAUGGUCACCCAGGAGCUGGCCAGGAAGAAGCAGCAGGAGUUCGAGAACUCGCUCCUCCAGAACCUGCAGCACGCCGUCCUCCUCACCAACGAGUUGAACCGGCUGCAGGGGGAAAACGAGACGUUGAAGGAGGAGAUAAAGCGGCUUCGGGGCCCACGGCUCAAGCCCCAAUACAGGGAGGGCGCCUCAGACCCCCCCUCGCCCCUACUACUCCCCUCCCCGGGCGCUCGGAAGGCCGCCAUCGAGAAGACAUCGGGAGGCCACGAGGAGGCCGAGGACGACCAUCCAGAAAAGUCCACGGGGUACAGGACGCCUCCAGUAGCCAAAAUCUCCCCAAGCGCCAGCCUGCCCGAGACGCGGGCCCCAGACACGAGCCCCCAGCGGAUCUCCAACCAGCUGCACGGGACCAUUGCCGUGGUGCGGCCUGGGUCCCAGGCAUGCUCCGCCGACCGGGGCUCCACCAACGGGACACCCGCACUGCCGCUCACCGGGAGCAGCCCCCCCAGCCCACCCAACGAGCACAGCCUCCCCCUGGACAGCUUUCUGCGGGCCGCCCGGCACCCGGUCACGACCUACGAGUCCCUGAAGCGCUCCCUCCGGGCUGACCGCCUCUGCCUCCUGAACCGCCACCUGGCCCUGCACCUUCAGAGCCCCCACGGCGGCCCCCAAGUCCCCGCCUCAGCCCCCAGCGGCCCCCGGACCCAGGGCCUGAAGGCUGGAGAGGCAGAGGCCUGGGAGGAGCCCAUGGGCCCGCUGGGCCUCCCGGGGGGCCCAGUGGACAUGCGACACCCUCGGCUGGAGGGACAGCAGCUGCGGGCGCAGGGGCGGAUGGGCGGUGCCAGGCUGAGGGGCCCGGCCCCGCCGGGGGGCACCCCACCCUCCCCACCAGUCAGCUCUGACUCAGAAGGCCCCCAGGGCGAGGCAGCCCUGUGCGGAGGGGGACACGCACAGCCCACCGGUCCAGGUAGCCCCAGGGGAAAGGAAGCCACAGCCACACAGGACUAUGUCCCAGACAAGCCCCUGGACCUCUCGGAGCGCGGCCGGGGCCGGGAUGCCCCCAAGCCUCCUGACCAGCCGGGGUCACUCAGCCCCCCAGCUGCCCACACUCCCAGCCCAGAGCCGCCCCACGGAGCGGAGCCUCCUGCCCAGCCUGUACCCUGGGGACUCAGCAAUGGCACCAAGGGAGCCAGAGCUCCAGAGGCAGAAGGACCCCCAAGUCCUGCGGAUCCCUCCCAAGCUCUUCCAGGGCCCCACCCCAACGUGCCCUCUCCAAGCGGGACGGGAGAUGAAGCUAGGGGGAGACCAAAACCUCCCCCCCACCCACACGGGCCCGAUGCUGAUGGCCACCCAGGUAGGAUGAGUGCCUACACAUCAUCAGGAGCACCUGGGUGCGGUAGUGGGACGGGAGGGGCCGUGGUGGGCCGGAGCUGCGAGGUGGGGGCCAAGCCGAGCACACCGCGGGAGGGGCCCAGGUGCUUCUGCACCAAGGAGCGCGGGCAGAGCCUGCAGCAGAAGAGGAAGCGAGCCGCGGGCCCCUGGUGCAGAGCCUCCAAGAAGCCACCCCCAGGGAGAAGGAAUCCGGGGGAGCCCCUGACAGCACAUGAGGGGUCCGGGAGCCCAAGGGACCCUGAGGACGGCAGCCCCCCACCAAGCAACGGCAGCUGGGAGGAGACUUAG